AUGUACUCGACUCGUCAAUCGUUAUAUAUCACGAUAAUCUCUUGCCUUCAUGUAAAUCUCACACUCGAAGAAAAUUCAACAAAAUCUGCUCCACUUCGAUAUUGUUCAAUUCAUUUUGUUGUGGAUUAUCCGUUUUGGAGAAGUAUAUAUCAAAAACGUGCCAUGUAUGAUUAUUAUCGUACUAACAAUCUAAUCAAUUCGUAUUUAUAUCGAAAUAUUGACGGUAUUAAUGAACUCUUCAAAAUGUAUACAUGGUAUUCAAAUAUAAAUAAACAACAUUAUAAAUUACAAUUUGAUAUUCAUGGCAUUAGUAUGGUAACGAAUUUGAUGUGUAGUAGCAAUUCAUCAGUCGAUACGACAAACCCAUUAAUUAAAUUUUGCUCACUAGAUCUUAGUAGUUCAAAUAUGUUGGAUCUAAUGGCAUUGUACAGUGAUUAUGAAUCAAAAACAAGUGGACAUAUACGAGCGUGUCUUUACUAUGACGUAACAUCGAGAUUGCUCCAAUUAUACGAUGGAGUUGGAACAGCACUGGGCUGGUCUUGGCCAAGAACUCUGUGUGCUCUUCUUUAUGAUCGAGAUUCAUAUGGAACGGCAGCGAUAUUAACUGAAAAAACAUUUAAUCCAAGAUACAGUAGUAAUGUUGGUAUUGUCACAAUAAACUUCGAAGUAUCAGACUACAGUCUCAGAAAGGCUGAAUUAACGUUUUUUCACGAACUCAGUCAUUCGCUUGGUGCGUUGCAUGAUGAUUCAUUCAAAGGCAGAGAAAAAGAAUGUUUGCCCACGGAGAAAGAAGGUGGCAGUUAUAUUAUGUUUUCAAAGAGUAAUGAUGGUACUCAAGUUAAUAACCGUUUCUAUUCGAAUUGUUCACUUGAUUCAAUGAGUAGUUAUUUAGAAACACUUGAUAUAAACAAUCCUACAUGUUUGAGUUUAUCAGUGACACCAACGCAAAGUAUCUGUGGUAAUGGAUUAUAUGAGAAAGGCGAAAUAUGUGAUGAAGGUGAGAAAGGUGGUCGAUGUUGUACACACCAAUGUCAGUUACGUCCAUUAGCUACGUGCAGUCCAUCACAAGGUUCAUGUUGUUCGGCAGUAACAUGCACAUUUACGGCAAGUGGUUUAAUUUGUACUCCUGAAACAGAUUGUAAAUCGGCAAUUCAAUGUAAUGGGACUACAUCGCUGUGUCCCUCCGUUUCUGAGCAGUUCUACAAGCCAAGUUCUACAAAAUGUGCACAAGACACGCUAUUUUGUUCAAAUGGUUCGUGUGCAUUGUCCAUUUGUCUAUCUCUUCAAUUAGAAUCAUGUCAAUUAAAAACAUCUGAACGUGUACCGUCUGAUCGUUUGUGUUUAAUUUCAUGUUUGACAAUAUCUGGCUGUUUACCUUAUCACAUUUUGACAAACAGUGAACCAUUAUUUCGAUUAUACGGGUAUGAGAAAAGUAUUUUAUUGUAUUUUCAUUAUGAUAAUCGUGUAUUCUGUUCUUUGUUAUUUUGUAGAUCAAAUUGUAACAAUAAUCUGGGUUAUUGUAAUCAAAAUCACCGAUGCACUCCAUAUCAAGAUGAUGAACAUACAAAUGUACUUAGUCUAACAUUUUCUUCCUUACUUUCAACGAAUUUUAAAACAUUGUUUAAAAAGUAUUGGUGGAUUUUAGUGAUAUUUAUAGUUUUACAACUAUUGUUAAUACCAGUCUUUUUGUACUUCUGUGAUAAAUGUAUUUCAUCAUCAAAUCCUUUUCUAUCAUAA